AUUUGUUCUGCCUGUCCGUCCUAUAUGCCGCUCUUCUCCGCCAAAUCCAAUACAAAUCCCCACAGGUCUGCUGCUGGUUCCAAUCUUCGUUGGAGCUAUCCGGUGUCUCCCGUUCCUGGUCCUUCAUGUCUAAUUCAUCUUCCUCCGCCGUGCGGGAGGAGAUUCUGCCCCUCAUCCCGUGCCCCGACUGCGGCGACCGGCUUAUGACCUGGAUUGCUCAGGGUGGAGCGAACGCUGGGCAUCGGUUCUAUAAGUGCGUUAACAGAGAGGUUGGGUUAUGCGGAUUCAUAAUCGUCAUUUUUGGCACUGAUCAGCAGCCACUCCAAGCAACUCAUCAGCCGGCACCCUCCGUGCAUCGUAGAGCUCGUCUUCCGGACUCAAAUCAGGACCUGAACCGUGCAUUUCAGCAGGCACGCAAUAUACGUGCUGAUCCACAAGGCAGGGAGGCUUGCCGCUGGGUGAAUUAA